GGGAGGACAACAGCCGCCGCCAGCCCCCCCCGCUCCCUGCCUGCCGACAGGGGGAGAGGAAUUCCGCAGAGCAGACCCGCAGACCUUGACGCGGCUUUGGCGCUGAUUGGACGGCCCGGGCGGCGGGAGCCCCGCCCAUCGCCCCGCCCCUCUCCGGCGCGAGGCGCUGGGGGUGCCGGCGGCGGGAUGGGGAGCGGCGAGCAGAAGGCGGCGGGCGGCGGUGGCGGGCGGACGGCGGAGGCGGCGGCUCCUGUCAGCAUCUCCCGCCGCCGACACCGGCCAGCGGAGGAAGAAAUGGAGAUGAUGACUGAGAAACAGAGAGAUGCUAGAUAUUUCUGGAACAAUACCCCUGAAAAAAGCGAUUAUGAGGCUGUGGAAGCCCUUAUUUCUAUGAGUUGCAACUGGAAGUCUGACUUCAAGAAAUACGCCGACGUGAGACCUAUAACUCCAGCAUCUGAUAUGUCGGAAGAGAGCGACGAGACUUUGCUUCCUGGAGCAGCAGACUUCAACACGAUACCCGCAUUUUGCCUGACUCCACCCUACAGCCCGUCGGACUUCGAGAUGUCUCAGGUCGUCCACCCAGGGCCACCAGCGCCACCUGCAGCGCACUGCAAGUCGCUGGCUGAAGCCGCCAAGCCGCCCCUCACCGCACCUUACACGGAGGCCCCCCGGCCUCCAGCACCCAGGCCUCUGAAGGCGCAAGCGACCAGCGUUAUUCGCCAUACGGCCGAUGCUCAGCUUUGCAAUCACAAAACCUGCCCGGUGAGAGCAGCCAGCGUGCUGAAAUACCAGGACGGUGUUUCACGGGAAACCGAUAGUAAACAGAGCGCCGAAGCGGAGCGCUCAGCGGCGGCGCCGGGCAGAGUGAGUUAUGAAAGUGGCAAACUGCCAGCUGCGGAAGGAAAAACUGCAGAACCAGCUGGCGGCGCCGAGCCCUCGACGAAGCCCGCGGUCAGCAGGCAUCAGUCUGUCCCCGGAGCGGCGCAGUGCUCGGCGCUGGUGGCACCCCCGUGCCCCGUGCCGGGAAGCGGAGCCCCCCCUGUGCCGGUGAUUUGCCAGAUGGUCCCGCUGCCUGCCAGCAACUCGGUGGUGACGGCCGUCGUGCCCAGCACCACGGCGAGCCAGCAGCCAGCGCUCUGCCAGCCCAUGGUGUUCAUGGGUGCUCAAGUUCCCAAAGGCGCCGUUAUGUUUGUCGUGCCCCAGCCCGUGGUGCAGAGCACGAAGGCGCCCAUCCUUAGUCCAAACGGCACCAGACUCUCUCCUAUUGCCCCUGCUCCCGGCUUCGUGCCUUCUGCAGCCAAAGUCACUCCCCCUCUCGAUUCUUCAAGGAUACGAAGUCACGUCUGCAACUACCCGGGAUGUGGGAAAACUUACUUCAAGAGCUCCCAUUUGAAGGCUCAUGUCCGAACACACACAGGAGAAAAGCCCUUCAGCUGCAGUUGGAAAGGCUGUGAGAGGAGGUUUGCGCGGUCUGAUGAACUGUCCCGUCACCGCAGAACGCACACGGGUGAGAAGAAGUUUGCGUGCCCGAUGUGCGAGCGGCGGUUCAUGCGGAGCGACCACCUGACGAAGCACGCCCGCCGCCACCUCUCGGCGAAGAAGUUACCGAACUGGCAAAUGGAAGUGAGCAAGCUGAACGACAUCGCUGCGCCGCCUCCCUCGGCAGCUGCGCAGUGACAGGACUUACUCGGAACACGGCGGAAUUAACUGUUGGCGCUGGGAUAUGCCAGUUUUAAAAAGAAAAAAAGAAAAAAAAAAAAAAAGCUUUUGCUCCAGCUCUGUGGUUCUCCGGUGCCAGCUGCUGAUGGCGGCGCGGCGGAGAGGCAAAGGCAGUCUGUGCUCGGCCACAAACGUGGUGCUGGGAGAGCGGGCGGCUGGCUGGAAUAGCGGGCGUCUUUUGCACUGGUGAGGAGAGAGAAAGGGAAGGGUGUAGAGCUGAGCAGCACGCGCCGUGCACCUUCUGAAUUCGGCAGGUCGUUCAUACGCACUAAAUGUCAGCCGCACAUCUGCGGCGCUGACGGUUCGCUGCUGAUGCGUGAGACCAGCGCGGAUUUGACGACCGGUUGGGAAUCUCCAGCACAGCGUAGAUGAGAACGAUAGCGAUGUACGGGCGCAGCUUGACAGCCCAGCACGUACCCGCCUCGGAUAAGCCGAACUGGUGUUCGUACUCCUGCCGCCUCUUCUCGGUUGGAGUUCUCUCCUCCUGCCCGCUCUCGGGCCCAGCCGCGCGGGUGAUUUGGUGCCAGGCGCCGGGAGGCUGGAGUGCCGGCUUCACCCUGCUGCCCGAGGUGGGCUUGGGUGGGCGCUAAGGGGCGCGGCGUGGGCACCUGGAGGGGUUUGGAAGCCUCGUGAUGAUUACAACUGGUCACCCUCGGGCAUCGUACGGUGCUUCUGCUUUUGUCUUGCUUACGGUUUCCUUCGUACCUUCUCAAAACGCUGCACCACGGCAUUUUUCUCAUAAGCAGAUACAGUGCACUUUUCAGAACAAUGUAGGUGUGAACUACUCGGGUUGAUUAAGAAAGGAAAACGAGAACCUUAGGCUUCUUGAGGGUGUUUUUCUUUGAAAGACGGCUUAUACUAAAAAUGAAUUACGGAUAUGCUAUGUAUUGUAUUAAAUUAGGAAGUUGCGAUUUGAAGAGUAAUAUGAGGCAGUAAAGACACCGCCUAGAAUUAAAGCUGUAUAUUUUGUGACAAAUAAUGCAUCAACUUUCGCUAUCUCUAUUUUAUCAUGCUAUGUUGAGGACACGUACCAGAAAGUGAACCGUUUGAAAAUAGUGUAUUAGAUACGCUCUUUUGUGACUACUUAAAGAUUUGCACAUUUCUUAUGUUGUACUUUAUACUUUGUUUACAAUAAAACCAAUUUUCUUUAAUAUAGACCUUUUUUUUGGUAGCAGAACUUCAUCGUUGUUAUCCCUCGCAAGGAAGUUAACCUCAAACCAAAGCGUAGUGUCCAUCAGUGCGUGUCCCAACCAGCGAGAAUCCGUCUGUCUCUUAACCUUUGAUUUACAAGCUCUGUAAAGCCAGCAGGGGCGGAACAUGAAGUCUGCACUUCCUGCUUGGAACCUUUUUUUGCCUCCCUACUCUUCAUCCGCCCCCUCCUUUUCUCCACGCACUCAGAAUAAAUGCGUUUGUGUGGGCCAUCAUGAGACCGGUGGAAAACAGGUCGGUUUUUUGGUGGUGGUGGAACUGCCCCGUCUCACCCCCAGUGAAAUGCAGCCCCUCCUGCGGGGCCAGGCGCAGGUGGCAGCUGCUGCCCGGCGCAGGUUGCGUGGGCUUCGCGUCCUGCUCCGCUCCCCUCCCCUGCCUGCAGGGACUCCCGAAUUUCACAACUGUGGCCGUUGACUCACUGUCGUUCCUAUAGGCCAUAUGGGAUCCUCACCGUUCCUGUUUGACGCAGCGCCCUGCCUAGGAACAGCGUGAGUCAUGGUGCCCUCCUUGUUCCUGGAGGGAAGGCAGGGGCCAGGCUCCUUCUCUGCAGAACAGACCUUGCGAGCAGGAGUCCCAGUGCGCUGUCUUGCCUCAGAACGCUCUGUGUUUCGUGCUGCAUUUCCACACCACGGCCGCCUCUGCCGACGGAUUUGCCCGUGGGGCAUCGAGGUCUGGAAGGCAUCCUGCUUCUGCCAAAGGACAAAUUGGUGCCUAAGGAGCAAGAACUGAAGGCACCUUUAUCCUUACUGCAUCCAUGAGGCUGAACCUGCUAGUGCACUUGCUGCGUUGUGAUAUAAAUCGGGUAACGAUAACGUGAAUUAUGAUCGGUAAUUCAGAACCUUGCCUAGGAUGCCACAGCUUUGGUUUCGGUGGAUAUCAAGGUGCCUGCUAAAUGUUCCCCAGACCCUGCGUGAAACCUGCGAGGCGUACACCCAGCCUGUCUCCUGAGCGCCUACAGCACAUUCAGGAGGAACUAACAUUUGUCAAGUCUAGUUUUUUAACAAAACCUUCACGAGCUCAUCAUGUCAUUAACGCAGUCUGGGCUGAAUUCCAUCAAGUUGUCAGCGUUUAAUUGCGAAGGCUGUGAUCUCCGCAGCGCUUGCAAGGUGCCUGGCACUGGGUGCGUGCCACGAACAGAAAGCUCAGGAGUUUUAAACACUUCUGCUUGGGAAGGAGAGGAAAGAGAGCUUUUGAUGCUUAAUUACCUGGUAGGCAUCUGAAAAGCACAGCCCCCAACUUCCCAAAGUGAAAAGAAGAAUAGGGAGUAUUUUUGCCGCCUUAUGUGCGCAAGCCGUGCAGUCAGCCUGGUGAAGACAUAAUUCUCAAUCAGCAGCAAUCGGUGUUCAUUAGAUGUUCUGGUUGGAAAUGAGGAGACAUUUCCUCUCAGAAAGAGCAGUCAGGCACUGGGACGGGUUGCCCAGGGAGGCGGCGUCGUCACCGUCCCUGGGGGUGUUCGAGGAAAGGUUGGACGUGGUGCUUAGGGACACGGCUCAGUGGGUGACAUUGGUGGUAGGGGGAUGGUUGGGCCGGGUGAUCUUGGAGGGCUUUUCCACCCCUAAUGAUUCUGUGAUUCUAUGAUUUUAAAAGGAUAAGGGCGAGGGUGGCCGAAGGGAUCCUCCUGCUCCCAGCCGUGGGACAAAGACCUGCCCCAACCCAUGGGCUCGCCUCCAUCGGCGCUUCACUCGCUGCUCAGGCAGGUGCUGUGCUCACCUCCGUGGGGUUCCACGAGGAAAUCAUGUUGGCAAAAAAGUCUGUCCGUUUUCUGAAAUAAAUGGAAAACUUGGCAUCCC